AUGCCGUGGCGAACAGGCUCGGGGACGAAUACGCCGGCGGUGAGCCGCCCGGCGUCACCAGGUCUCUCGUCCGCAAUGGCUUCUUCCGCCAUCACGCCCGACGAUCCGCUCAACGACUACUUCUCCAACCAGCACACGGCGUCCUCGUCGCAGGCGACUUCCCCUCAUCCUCCUCACAACCCCGCGCCCAGCUAUCCCGCCGAGACUCCAGUCAUGGGCAAUGCGUCCAGUAGUGCCUUCCCUCCCGUCUACAGCCCGACGAUACAGCCGUAUCACCCGACUCCCGGCUCUGACCGCAACCCCGUCGAGAUCGUGCUCGACAGCGACAACCUCGUCCUCCGUGGACAGGGUGGUGAGAUGGACUCGGCUUAUCUCUCUGGCGCCGUCGUGCUCCGACUGCCCGAGAACAUGAACGUCAAGGACGUCCAGCUUCACCUAACCGCCAAGGCCAAGGUGCAGUUCACGGACGGCUCAAACCAUUCCUUCACGCACCCGAUUCUGACCCAUGACUGGUCGUUCCUGCACGCUGCGAACCCGUCAAAGAAGACGCACCUGCUGAAAGCCGGACAGCACACGUAUCCGUUCUCGUUUACGCUGGACAACUCGCUGCCGUCUUCGAUCACGACGCUGACAGGCACGGGAGACAUCCAGUACAAGCUGCGCGCAACUGUGAUCCGCGCGGGACUGGGUUUCAACCUGCAUGCGCAGCGUCGCUUCAACCUCGCGCGGACAUUCACGUCCGAGGCGCUCGAGUUCAACCAGACGCUCGAGAUCGAGAACACGUGGCCUGGCAAGAUCAUGUACAGCAUCACGCUACCCUUCAAGGCGUACGCGGCGGGUGACAGUAUCCCCGUCCAGAUCAAGUUCAUGCCGAUCGCCAAGGGGGUGCGCGUGAGCUGGAUCGUGACGACGCUGAAGGAGUUUACGCUCGUGUACACGCGUGGGUCCGUGAAUCAAGAGGAGAAGGACGUGAUCACGAUGCGUCACGAGGUCGGCGACAACAAGGCCGUGCUCAAGCGCCAAGAUAUUCUCAAGCCGCUACACCCGUGGGCCGGCGGCAACCCGGCAGCCUGGAAGCCGAGCAACCGGGUGCCGACGCCGGAUGGUUCCGAGCCCGCAUCGGCGUCGGCCUCGACCUCGAACGUCGCCUCGAGUUCCCGCGAUGACACCAACCCCGAUGACCUCAUGGUCGGCGACGAGGAGGUCAACACCAUCUUCAUGGUCCCGAUCCCGCCAUGGACGACGCCGUCGCACUCCCUGAAGCCGGUACAGGUCACGCACAAGCUGAAGUGGUCGUGCGCGAUCACGAACGCGGACGGACACACGAGUGAGCUCCGUUGUGCGCUGCCGAUCACCAUUCUGGACCACUCUCUCCUGCAGGAAGCGCACCAGUCGGGUCUGCCCGCUCGCAACCUGCUCCUUGGUCUCGCGACCGAGGGAGAGGUGCAGCAGAACGAGCUUCCGUCGUACAGCAACCACGUCUACGACCGCGUCGCCAUCGCCGAGGCUGCGGGCAGCAGCGGCUUCAGUGGCUUCUCGAGCGCUUCGACUCUGCGCAGCGCGCAGAACUCGCCGAACCCCUCGCCGCCCCACUCUCGCCCUCCUUCCCGCCCCGCGUCCCCCGACAACGAGCUUCCGCCCCGUCGCCAGCUCACCGACCAGGAGCAGGCCAUGCUCCGCUCGCUUGGCAGCGGCAGCUUUGGCUCCUCCUCCAACUCUGCGAUCGCCUCUAGCAGUCACGCACAAGCUGAAGUGGUCGAAGCGCACCAGUCGGGUCUGCCCGCUCGCAACCUGCUCCUUGGUCUCGCGACCGAGGGAGAGGUGCAGCAGAACGAGCUUCCGUCGUACAGCAACCACGUCUACGACCGCGUCGCCAUCGCCGAGGCUGCGGGCAGCAGCGGCUUCAGUGGCUUCUCGAGCGCUUCGACUCUGCGCAGCGCGCAGAACUCGCCGAACCCCUCGCCGCCCCACUCUCGCCCUCCUUCCCGCCCCGCGUCCCCCGACAACGAGCUUCCGCCCCGUCGCCAGCUCACCGACCAGGAGCAGGCCAUGCUCCGCUCGCUUGGCAGCGGCAGCUUUGGCUCCUCCUCCAACUCUGCGAUCGCCUCUAGCAGUGCUUCUCGUUUCGGCAGCCGUGCGGGCUCGCGUGCUGGCUCUCGUGCAGGCUCGCGUGCCGGAUCUCGAGCGGGUUCCCGUGCCUCGUCACCUGAGCGCGAGCACCACAGCUCGCACUCACACUCGCACAACACCCAUAGCCACAGCAGCACUCGUCUCGGCUCGCUGUUCCACCUGCCCGGUGGCCUGAAGAUGUCCUCCAUGAUCGGCCGGGGUAGUGCCUCUGGACCGGCGAGCGGACACCACAGCGGGCACGGCAGCAACCACACUUCGCCCGUCCUGUCGGCCCAGAACGGGCACAGCGGGAGCUUCAGCUCUCUCCCCGGUGCGGCGGGGACUGCGGCGGGGACUGCGUUCUCGGGCCGCGAGCCGAGCGUGUCCUUUGCCCCACCGCCCAAGCCGGCGCGGCCAUCCACGCACCGCGCGCCAGCCACGUUCUCAAUUGGCGGGGCGAGCGACGGCGAGCUCUCGCGCGUGCCGUCGUACACCGACUCGUCCGAGCCGUUUGUCGUGCCCCUCGACCCGAGUCUGCCGACGUACGACGCAUCGGAGGAGAUCCAGCGCGCACGCAGCGACAUGGACCUCCGCGCCAUGCACGAGCGCGAGCAUGAGCAGCAACAUCAGGGCAGCCCCCACUCCGCGCACGCUUAG